AUGGAGAAUUCGCGUAGACCGUUUGAUAGAUCCAGAGAUCCAGGGCCGAUGAAGAAACCAAGGCUCAGUGACGAAUCAAUCCGGCCUGUGAAUUCUAACGCCCGGCAGUUUUCGUCGCAGAGGACGCCGGGAGCAACAACGGCGGCGGUGGCAGUACCAUCGGCGUUGUCGAGAUUUCGAGCUGGUGGCAGAGAAACGGAUAGUAAUAUCGCCGUGAGUGAUCCGAGCCGGGAGGCUUAUCAGCCACAGCCGGUUCAUCCGCAUUACGAGCUCGUGAAUCAGUACAAGUCGGCACUAUCGGAGCUCACUUUCAACUCGAAGCCAAUAAUAACGAACCUCACGAUAAUCGCCGGAGAGAAUGUCCAUGCUGCGAAGGCCGUCGUAUCCACCAUUUGCAACAACAUCCUCGAGGUACCAAGUGAUCAGAAGUUGCCAACGCUGUACCUGUUGGACAGCAUUGUCAAGAACAUUGGAAGGGAUUACAUUAAGUACUUUGCUGCCAGGCUGCCUGAGAUAUUUGUAAAGGCUUACAGACAAGUUGACCCUCCUAUGCAUUCUAACAUGCGGCAUCUCUUUGGAACCUGGAAAGGAGUCUUUCAUCCGCAAACACUUCAGCUUAUUGAGAAAGAACUUGGCUUUAAUGCCAGAAGUGAUGGCGCCGCAGCUGUUGCUACUACAGGCAGAGCUGAUCCGCAAUCUCAGCGCCCACCACAUAGCAUCCAUGUGAAUCCCAAGUAUCUAGAAAGACAGCGUCUUCAGCAGUCGGGACGGACAAAAGGAAUGGUUACAGAUGUCCCUGAGAUAGCACCCAAUUUGACUAGGGAUUCAGAUAGACUGGAGAGAGUGUCAAGCAUAACAUCUGGGGUCUCGUGGGGAGGCCCAGCUAAAGUAAAUACCAUUCGGCGACCUCAAAGAGAUUCACUUGGUGAACCCCUCUACGAGAAAGAUAUCGAGUCAAUAUCAGGGGAAUAUGAUUAUGCCUCUGAUUUACCGCAUGAUUCGAGAACAGUGAUCAAGAAAGUUGGUUCAAGGGUUACUGACGAUAGGUCUGAGAAACAAUGGUACGAAGCCAUGAGCAGGGGUCCUGAUCUGAUUUCUGACCAGAGGGAUGGGUUACAUACCAAAAGCAGAGUGUCAAACUACGCCACUGCAAGACUAGAAAAUUCGGAACCAAGUGGUCCCAGUAGAAAUAUUGGUGUGCCUUAUGAUAGUUGGAAAAACUCUGAGGAAGAAGAGUUUAUGUGGGACAUGCACUCAAGGUUAUCCGAAACUGAUAUAGCCACUAUCAACCCAAAGAAUGAACUUCAAGCACCAGAUGAAUCAGAGAGAUUGGAAUCUGAAAAUCACCUCAUAAAACGACCAAGGUUUUCAGCGCCCGAUCCGAGGCUUGAUCCGGGAAAUUCGAUAAAUUCAUAUUCCAGCGAGCAAAAAGAUCCAAGUGUUUUUGGCCGCUGGACGUCUUCUCCUAGAUCUUUGCAUGAUUCUGAAGUUUAUCCUUCCGUUGGUUCAACCUCAGCUGCAGCUAGAAAGGGGAUGCAGCCUCAAUCUAGGGUUUCGAGCUCUGGAAUUUUGCCUAACUCAGGAUCUGGGUCAGAUAGACAGUCGCCUUUACAUGAUUCAACUUCUAAACAGAAUGUGACCAAGCAAGAUGUUAGAAGAGCUCACUCCCUCCCUCAGCGUGAUCCUAGGGCUUCCCGGUUUCCAGCGAAAUCUCAAAAUGUCCUUAAGGGUGACUCUGUACGGCCGCUAGAUGCAUCUCAAAUGGAAAAGCUUGGCUCUAAGUCAGUAGAUGGACAUGUUCCAGGUCUUACUGUUGCUUCAGAAACUGCAGGACAACCCAACAUGAGUGAUUUGCUGCAAGCUGUCAUGAAGAGUGGAAUCCUUUCUAAUAACUCAACUAGUGGUAAGAUUAAAGAGGAGACUUCUCAAAAUGAGGUUAACCCAAGGGCACUAAACCUGUCAGCAGCCUCUAAGACUAAGACUUUGCCACCAACACUGCCAAUGUCGGCGGCUGGUGACAGUUUAUUAGCUCGUUUAAAAGUUGAACAAUCCUCUGCACCCCUUGGUUCGUCCGGCGUCACAUCAGCACAGACAUCAAAAGAGAAUAGUAAUGCCUCGGAUCCUCUUUCGUUCCUCUUGAGCUCCUUAGUUUCAAAGGGCUUGAUAUCUGCUUCAAAGACGGAGCUGCCAUCCCUCGUACAAUGCACGGCUCCUUCCAUAACACAGGACCAUAGUCCUGAUCAUUCUACCAGUAGCUCUGUCUCUGUAUCUGCGGUUCCGUCAGAUGCUAAGCCAUUGGUUUUGGUGAAAAGUAAGGAUCCAUCCAGUGCCCUUGAGGUAGCAACAGCCGAAACAGCAAAAUCAGAACCCGAAAACCUCAUAGGAUUGAAAUUUAGGGCAGACAAAAUCCGUGAACUUCAUCCCUCGGUGAUUAGCAGUCUCUUUGAUGACCUCCCACAUCUCUGCACUUCUUGCGGCGUUCGCCUUAAAGAAAAGGAAGAACUUGACAGGCACAUGGAGCUGCACGAUAAGAAGAAGCUCGAGUUAAAUGGCACCAACAACAGCACAUGUAGGGUUUGGUUUCCAAAGGCUGAUGACUGGGUAAAAGCAAAAGCUGGAGAGUUAGAAGCUGAAUAUGAGAGUGAACCUGAGAGUGCUAUUGAGGAUGAUGGUCCAGCCGUAGCUGCUGAUGAGAACCAAUGCGCGUGUAUAUUAUGUGGAGAGGUGUUUGAGGACUAUUUCAGUCAAGAAAUGGCUCAAUGGAUGUUCAAGGGAGCUUCGUACUUGACUAUUCCUCAAGCCAACAGUGAGGCCAAUGGUCCGAUCGUCCAUGCAAGUUGUUUGAGCAAGUGUUCGUUGCAGAGCUUGGAACUUGGAAAUGCAAUAAAGCAGGAAAUGAUUGAGUAG